AUGGAGGCUCUUGGAACAUUAAACCUUGGGAAGCCAAGCCACCUUGCUCCGUAUGCGUAUUCUGUAUUAUGCAACACUACCCCUCGCCUGUACUCUGUCUCCCUAGAUAAGUACGACCAGCACCCAGUCUUGGCAGCAUCGACUAGCAUUCCCCAGGAAUUCAAGGUUAACCAGGAAUCCAUGCAUGAGUAG